GCAGUGGACGACGACUUACAUGCUUCACUCGGGCCUCCUUUAGAGAGCUUUUUAAUAUGUUAUCCGCUGAAUACAGCCUCGCAGAAAUUCAACGUCGAAUAGAUGAAGUUCAGCGGUUUCUGUCUGUAACACUGAGCAUCGCCAAUGCUCACACUGUGGAGUUUUACACUCACGACGCGUGGAACCGCUUCAUGGCCGUGCCACCUCAGCAGGUCCUGUCAACGGUUGGUUCAUGUAGUGACCAGCAGGGGGAGCCAGAACACAAAGCAAAUGAAUCAGAGCAAACCGGGACCACAUUUGGGUUUUGCAAUGAUACAAACCGGCUGGUUGACACCCGAGAACUGUUCCAGGCGGCUAAGGCCCAUUCUCUCCCUGGCCUUGGAGUCUGCAUGAGCAGGGAUGAGCUACUGCAGGUCCUCAGAGGGAACGGGCCCGAGUCUGGUGCUCCAGUAGCAGCUAUAGAUGCUGAGCUGGUGACGGACGAGUUUAUGAACUCGAAGAAAUCCCACGAGGUCAAGUCCAUGUCUGAGGUGGUGGCGUGUCUGGCCCAGUGCUGCAGAGUCAAACAGGUGAUAGAUGUCGGCUCGGGGAAGGGCUACCUGAGCUCCUUUCUGUCUCUGCAAUACCGCCUCCGGGUCUACGGCAUCGACUCCUCCAGCACCAACACCCACGGGGCCCAGGAGAGGAACCGGAAAAUGAAAAAGUUCUCCAGGGCGUACCAGAAACACAACAAGGCAGUGAUGGCACAGGGAGAGGCCACACUUUCACCUCAGGAGGAGUUAGUAGACGUAAAGCCUGGACUAGAUGGAGACGACGAUGUCGUGUAUGGCGAUGGGGUAGGAACUGUGUCUCAGGAGGAGCAGGUGUUAAUCGGCCUAUCAGACGUCAACCCUGCAGUGGAAAGGCAUUCAGAGUCGAACCCAGACACAGAGGAGCUCUUCCUCAGCGCCCUAUCGGUGGAUGUGAUACAGCCUGCAUCCCCCAGAGUUCCCUCCAGCCAACUGAGCGCCGAGGAGAGGGAGAGGAGGAAGAGGGAGAACCUGGAGAGGAAAGCUCAGAACAGAAGCGGCGGCGGCAGCGUCAUGUUUUCUCCCCUCACUUCUUACGUUACCGCUGAAACGGAGCUCCGAGAGCUCAUCAACGAGCUGGAGGAUGCGGUCAUGGUCGGCCUGCACACGUGCGGCGACUUGGGUCCCAGCACCCUGAGGAUGUUUGCGGCGAAACCGGAGUUGGCCGCAGUCUGCAGCGUGGGCUGCUGCUAUCACCUGCUGUCUGAGGAGUUUGAACCCGCCGCCGGACAGGAGUGCUCGCGUGGCGUGUGUGGUUUCCCUCUGAGCCAGUACCUCCGCGACCGGUCCUGGUUCUGCGGCAGAAACGCCAGGAUGUCGGCUUGUUUGGCCCUGGAGAGAGUUUCACACGGCCAAGGGAUUCAGAUGGAGUCUCUGUUCUACCGAGCCGUCCUUCACGUCAUUCUGAGGGAUCACUACGGCUGCUUUAAAAGUGAGAAGCGAGUUGGGAAUGUCUACUCCAAGGCUAAAUCCUUCGUGGACUACGUCCGUCGAGCUCUACGCAGGCUGGAACUGGACGAAUCAAAGCUCUCUGACGGUGACGUCCAGGAUUACCACGACACGUACAGACCACGAAUGGGCGAGAUGCAUGCCUUUAAUAUGUUGAAGGUGACCCUGGCUCCCUGUAUUGAAGGUCUGAUUCUCCUGGAUCGCCUCUGCUACCUGAAAGAGCAGGAGGAUUUAUCGUUCUCUGCACUGGUGCAGCUCUUUGAUCCCCUGCUGUCUCCGAGAUGUUACGCUGUCGUCGGACUGAAGAGUUAAGAAGACAGAAUCUCAUGUUGAUUAACAAACAUAUGCCUGUGAUUACAAUACACUGCUUGAGAGGUCAUGAUUAUACAUGAUUGUAUCAGCACACUUGAGCGAUUGUGUUGUGUAUGUUUUCUCUCCUGCUCGUUUUGAUUAUAUGUAUGAUUUAAUCUAAAUUUAGCAAUUUAUUUAUGCAGCCUCUGUAUCACUUUCAGCCACAUCUUGGUUUGUUUCAUAUACACUUUACUGAAAAAUAAAUCUCCAGAAUGUUUAGCUUUUAGUCCUUGACUUUGUACGUCUUCAUAAAAACAUAUGGUCAAAA